AUGGCUCGUGCCCUACGCUUUCAUGCACACCUCCCUUCCAAAUUUUGGGGGGAGUGUGUUCUCACCGUAGCUUAUCUCAUUAACCGCUUACCUACAACCAUUUUGACUGAUAAAACCCCUUACGAACUUCUUUUUGGCCAUCCACCACCAUAUCGUCACCUUCACGUCUUCGGUUGUCUAGUUACACCAUUAACCUUCAACCUACCAAUAAAUUUGAUCCACGAGCUCGCAAAUGCAUCUUCGUUGGCUAUCCUUUUGGGCGAAAGCCCACAUACGGGCCCUCAUAUGCCUCUUUCCUGGCCCACUCCACUUUCUGCCAAUAAUGAGCCACCCAUACCCACACAACCUUCUGACCCACCUAUUCCACCUUAUCUAGAUAAUGAGCCACCCAUAUCCACACAACCUUCUGACUCACCUAAUCCACCUUUCGACCCACCUAUUCCACCUUCUCCAGAUAACCCACACACCACCCCAAAUGAUCUCACUGACCCUUCUUUUUCUCAAUCCCCUCACGACACCACACUUCCUUCACCAUCAUUCCCUACCACGACUCAUGAUCAAAAUAGUAUCAUUAUGCCCUCUCCUCCUACUUCAUUGCUGCCAUCUCCUUCUUCUCCACCUCCUCUUCGUCGCUCUCAUCGUAUUCCUCAACCUUCCAUCCUUCUACGUGACUUUCACUGCAAUGCUACCAUGUCACCUUCCCCUGCUCAGUCUUCUUCUACCCCCACAUCGAGUAAGGGUUCCAGGUAUCCAUUGUCCAAUUUUCUCACUUAUGAUCACUUGUCUUCUACUCACCGCACCUUUGUUGCAGCAAUCUCCAAAAUCAUAGAGCCCACUACCUAUGCCCAGGCUUCCACUGACCCUCUUUGGUGUGAUGCCAUGGCAAAAGAACUCCAAGCACUUGAGCAAAAUCACACAUGGUCUCUUACCUCUUUACAUGCAGGAAAGCACCCCAUUGGCUGCAAAUGGGUCUAUAAGCUCGACGUUCAAAACGCCUUCCUCCAUGGUGAUUUGAACGAAGAGGUUUACAUGACUCUCCUGCCUGGUUUUCGCCGACAGGGGGAGAAUUUGGUGUAUCGGCUACACAAAUCUAUGUAUAGCCUGAAACAAGCUUCACGUAAUUGGUUUGCAAAGUUUACUACAGCCCUACGUACAGCUGGGGAUGAUCCUAAAGCUAUCCAGUCAAUCAAAGACUUCCUCAAUGUUCGCUUUCGCAUCAAGGAUUUGGGACCUCUCAAAUACUUCUUGGGUAUCGAAGUUGCACGAUCAAAUAAGGGAAUUUUCAUUUCACAGCGGAAAUAUGCACUGGAGAUACUGGAUGAUGCCGGGUUGCUAGGUGCCCGACCUUCACCUUUUCCCAUGGAACAAACACUGAGACUUAGGCCUGAUGAAGGCAAGCCGCUGAAAGAUGCCACCAAGUACAGUCGAUUAGUUGGCCGACUUAUAUACCUUACGGUAACCCGGCCUGACAUUGCUUUUUUUGUUCACAUCCUGAGCUGCUUCAUGCAUCAACCCUAUCAGCCGCAUCUAGAUGCAGCACUACGAUUUUUACGUUACCUAAAGUCUUUUCCAGGCCAAGGGAUUUUUUUUGCAGCUCAUAAUGAUUUGAAGCUCAAGGCCUUUUCUGACUCUGAUUGGGGGAGUUGUCCCACCACAAGACGAUCUGUGACAGGAUACUGUACCUUUCUUGGAAACUCUCUGAUCUCGUGGAAAUCAAAGAAACAAAACACCAUUGCACAUUCGUCUGCAGAAGCAGAGUACCGUGCCAUGGCGGAUACAUGUUGCGAGUUAACAUGGCUGAGAUAUAUUCUCAAUGACUUAGGCAUUCGGCAUUCGGAACCUGCGACACUACACUGCGAUAACCAGUCAGCAUUACACAUUGCCAAAAACCCUGUUUUUCAUGAACGGACAAAACAUACAGACCUGGAUUGUCAUUUGGUGCGACAAAAUAUUACAUCAGGAUUGGUUUCCACUACCUACACACCAACAAAUUUGCAAGUGGCAAACCUCUUCACAAAACCAUUAGGAAAGGCUUCCUUUGGAACACUACUUGGCAAGUUGGGAGUGUACAAUAUCCACUCACCAACUUGA